AUGGACACCUGUGAAGGAGAGGUAACAACAGAAUAUAUGUAAUAUAUAUUUGGUAAACAAAAUAAACACCAUACCAUUUUCCAGGAACCAUAUUCCAAAAGCCUUGAUAAAAUGGCACUUCUCAUAUAGAGGUGCAUACAUCAGAAACAGAAAAGGUUAAAUUGAUUCCAACAUUCUAUUAUCAACAUACUUGAAUAAGGGCGCAUGAGAUUCUCAUAUAUGGGGAAAACUGCAUCUCCCUGGAAAACAUGAGGACUUGGCAUUGUGGUACCUGGCAGGACAGCUGGUGGUGGUAAAUCGAGGGUCUUCUGCAGCAGUUUGCACCCAAAAGAUCUGUUUUGAAACACUCCACCAUCGCUCUCUCAGCCGUAUGCCCCUACAUCCACCAUUGUCAACCUGUAGCGGGCAUUUUCUCUGUCUCCGUAUCUCACCUAUUAUGUGUUGCUAGGUACAUCAAAUCUUGUAGAUCCCGGGAAAUUCACACAAAUAAAAUGUUCUCGCCAGUCAAGUGUCUUCUUUUUCUAUGAUAUAACGGCGGCCUGCAAACAAACGUUAAAGGUGCAUGCCGCCACCUACUGUGCUGGAGUGUGUGGUCAAUCACGGUUUACAACAUUAGCUUCACAUUUCUAAAUCCUCCUACCUAACUUAGUACUUAGAAAAUAAAAAAGAGCCCUACUAACUUCUAAUCGGGGUAAUAUUGCCACGUUCGUUGUUUUAAAAAAACGUUUUCGGGAGCAUUCGAUCACACUCAUUCGGUUUGGCUAGCCGAAGACAGCCGAACUGAAGCAUGCUGACGCCUUUAGCCUGCUAAAUAGAGUAAUCUCAACUCCAAUGGCCCAUCUUAUUCUGAUGUGGGUAGGCUGGCUGGCUGGCUGGAUGGCUGGCUGGCUGGAUGGCUGGCUGGCUGGAUGGCUGGAUGGCUGGCUGCAUAGCUGGGUGGGACCUCAGCCUCUGCUCAGUACAGGGAAUAGGAUUUCCUGAUUUAAGUGUGUGCUCAGUGGGGAGUUAGGGGGUGGUCUGUUAGGGUGUGUUCAGAGAGAGGUACAGAGUAGGAUAACUAUCUACAGAGCUCCCCUGGGUCCUACUCCCUCUCUUCUGAUGUUGGUGGGACACUGCAGGCCUGGAGUGCAUUCUUUAGAGUUCAGGGUUUGAGGGUGGGAUCUCAGGCGGGGAGUUGCAGGGUUGGGGGGAGAGGGGUCAGGGGGGUUCCCCUGGGUACGGCACUAGGCCUUUUGGGGGACUGCUUCUGUGCUUCAUUUUAUAUGGCAGCUGUAAUUGCUCCAUAGAGACAGAGAAUAUUCAGCAGCAUCAAAAAGGGCCUUUUAAAGGGCUCUGCGCCCUAAAGGAAAGGAGUGUAGGAUGGGAGGAGAGAGAGAGCGGGAAAAUAGAGUUAUUCAUCUUGUUUUAAUAACGUAUUUAUUUGUGAAAUGACUUCAGAUGUCUUACUUAACCGUCUGUCUGGAUGGAGUCAUCUCUGUCCCUUUCUCUUCUGCCCUUUCUCCCUCCCUCGCUCCCUCUCUCCUUUCCCUAAAUCUCUGUUCUUUCCAUUUGUGUCCAGGGUCUUGUUUUGAAAAACAUGAGGCAGUGCUGUGAGGGGGCGAGGCCCAUCUCCCCAGCUCCCCAGGGCCAGAGCUCAGGUUCUAUUUCAAAAUAGGAAGAAGAUAUUCAAAGGCCCAGUCAGUCAGUCAGUCAACAGAGUUAAACGCAGACCGUUUAAGGUGAUUCACUGUAAUGGCUGUGUCCUGUGCUGCACUGGGUCAGGAGAAUUCAGUAGUUUUGGAGGCAGAGGAGGGUUUCUGUCUGUGCAUGUAGAGGAUAACCCUUUUAUUAUAGCUAUGUUCACAACAUGGUCUCUGUGACAAGGAGAUAGUAGUGAUGGCUCACACUAUAGGAGCACAGUUAAAGACACCCUGUGGAGCUGAUGGCAUUACCCACUGUGUGUGUGUGUGUGUGUGUGUGUGUGUGUGUGUGUGUGUGUGUGUGUGUGUGUGUGUGUGUGUGUGUGUGUGUGUGUGUGUGUGUGUGUGUGUGUGUGUGUGUGUGUGUGUGUGUGUGUGUGUCUGUCUGUCUGUCUGGGGGGCCUGAUAAAUAUGGCUCUGUGAUUGACUCGGGUGUCUUGACCGUCACACUUCUGUUUGUCUUGAUUCAGCGGACGCGGGCCUUUAGCUGAAAGGCUAGGACAGCUGCAUUCUGUGAGUGUGUGUUUGUGUGUUUGCGCGUGCGCAUGUGUGCGUACGUGUGUGCGUGCGUGUGCCUUCCAGGGCAGAUGGGUCAGUGUUGGAGUGAUGGCAGUGCUCUUGGUGGCUGACCUUGCUUCCUCCUCUCUCUCUUUCCCAGCCGUCAUCUCUCCCCCCAGCCACCCCACCCCAGCCCUUCACCUGUCACAUCCCUCCACCUCCCUCCACCCAACACACUUAAUUCACCCUCUACAGGACAGAGUCAGAUCACCAAGUGUCAUCCCAGAAUAAAGUUGUUUUAGCUUACCACAUGACUGUGUUUAACAGUCAUACAGUGUGGUAAUUAAGCUAUGUAACAUCACUUCCUGACUGUGUAAUAGGACAUCACAGAGCUCAUGGCUGACUAGCCAAUAGAAACGGUCCUUCUCCAUAAACAAUGGCUGCUAUUCCCUGGGGGUGGGACCUGGCUGGUGACCCAUGGUGAUCCGCUGACCGGAGCUGCCAUGUACCCUUGACGUCCCCCUGACAUCCUCCUGAAAUUCCCCUGGCUCACUGACGUCCUCCUGAAAUUCCCCUGGCUCACUGACGUCCUCCUGAAAUUCCCCUGGCUCACUGACGUCCUCCUGAAAUUCCCCUGGCUCACUGACGUCCUCCUGAAAUUCCCCUGGCUCACUGACGUCCUCCUGAAAUUCCCCUGGCUCACUGACGUCCUCCUGAAAUUCCCCUGGCUCACUGACAUCCUCCUGAAAUUCCCCUGGCUCACUGACAUCCUCCUGAAAUUCCCCUGGCUCACUGACGUCCUCCUGAAAUUCCCCUGGCUCACUGACAUCCUCCUGAAAUUCCCCUGGCUCACUGACGUCCUCCUGAAAUUCCCCUGGCUCACUGACGUCCUCCUGAAAUUCCCCUGGCUCACUGACAUCCUCCAUUCUGACUAGAGCUGGGACGAUAAACAGAACAUUUUCGACACUGACCAUACCGAUCACUUAUUACAGGGAUUUUGCUGAUAUUGUUCAUUACAAUAAGUAGCCUAUACUAGAGAAAUGUGAAGUUUGAAAUUAAAUCCAUUCGCUAAUAUGGGUUAUUGUUAAUGGGAAUAUUGAUGGCUACAACUAUCAAACUAGCAGUAGUAGUUUAAAGGAUAAUUUUAAAAGAUAAAAACUGAGGUGCACAUUAAUGUUAUUAACUAUCCUUCUAUUUAUCGUUAUCGCAUCAAUUCAGGCAAUUUCUCGCUAUAUGUCCAUAUCGCCCAGCUGUAAUCCUGACAGACAGACAGCCUCUCUCAGACUCCCUCAGACACAGGCAUGCAAAUAGGGGGCUCUGUUGAGAUUAUCUUGACUGCUCUUCUAAACAGCCACGGCCCUUCAGUGUGGAAGUCAACCCACCAGGAGAGGGCUGGCCAAAGGGGGAUAUGUAUCUGGGUUGGCUAUCCUUUUAACUUGGAUAUUGCAGUUGCGCUCUGUAUCAGGGUAUUGAUUUCCUCUUUCUCUCCUGAAGGUACUACUUUCAGAGGGCCUCAAACAGAGUGCAGGGAAGGGGAUUAUCUCCUCCUCUCGCUGUUCUUUAUGCAGCCUGCAUGCCUUUAAGUACCUUUUCCUUUCAUUCUCCCUAGCUCCCUCUUCGGCUCGCUCUCCCUUUCUGUCACGUUUUAAAAGUAAUUCAGUAAUGAAUCGAGAGAAAAGUAUUUCAAGGUUCACUGCUUCUUUUUCAAAACAAAUCUAUUCAAGGCUGAGAAGAGUGCGUUUGAAGCAGGGCGUACCUCCCUUAACAUCACUGAAAGGCCAUUUGUAAUUUACUUACUGUAAAAACACUCUUCCAUUAGCCACCACCAAGUGUGUUCUGUCAUGACGAAGUAUACACACCUGACCUUAUGAUUCACUUCCUACAAAGAAAGAUGAUUUUACAAAUUUUAAAAAUCAAUUUGCUGGCCCUAGAAGCAGAACGUAUUGUCUUUUUAUUGUCCCAUUAAGAAUGUUUUAAGAAAAGCUAAGUACAUCAUACUGCAGUUUUGCUAUCACUUUGAGUGUCCGCUAAGUGCCAUGAAACCACAUUGCGUAGAGAGCUUUCAUUUUCAAUGGAGUGAAUGUGACAGAAUUGUGACUCAGUGUCCUUGGAGUAAGUAUUAAAGAAUGGAGGAUAUGCAUAUGAUUAUAUCAGAUGUCCCCACUUUCUGUGACUGGAGAGAAAAUCCAGUCUUCCCACAUGGUAAAAAUAAUAGACAGUAUUGUAUAGCCUACCUGAAAGAGAGGCACAUACAGCAUUGGGGCCUGCAAUCUGUGUCACGUUAAAAGCCUUCCCCCUGUCCCCUGUUCAAUCACAGACACGUACCCACACUGGGACUCUCUCCCAGACACACCCAGCGAAGGGCCUGGAGGAAAAGAGGGGGAUUUGUCUCUUUCCCCUUUACUCAUCUCUUUUGUUUGUCCUGGUUUCCAUAGACGAGCAGAAGCUUUCCAUUCUCCUCCAGAACAAGACUAAGUGCCUCUGCUCCUCUCCACCUGCCAGCUCAAAUUGGCAGUCUGACUCUCUUUUUCUUCCUCGAGGUGGCUUCACAAGGCCAUACCUCUACCAUGGGGGAGAAAUGCAAUUAGGAGGUGACACAAACACUGAGCACCCACUGUAGUGGUGCUGCCCAGCAAAGGGAGGAGGCCGGGGGGCUGCUGCCAUUGUGACAGCCUAUGCAUAGAUACAGGCCCAUUAAUUGGACGUUUGCCAUUGUAGGGUGACUUUGGGGUGACCAGAGUAGAUCAGACCAGGGCUUCAGCAACAUCACAUGUGGGCCUCAUGCAGAAGGCCCUGUGGAGAUCAACAGAGAGGGAUGUCAAGCCCAGCACUGUGCUAGCUAGGUGUACAGGAAUGUAUGGGCGUUAGCUGUCUCCAACCUUGGUCUUUGUGCUUUGUGUCUCUGUGUAGGUAUUGAUUAUGUUUGUGUUCCUGACAUUCUCUGCUUGUUUUUGGAUGUGUUGCCAAGGUGUAAUUAUUUGCUAUCCAUUAUUUGCUAUCCUGCUAAUUAAUGACAACAUUCAGAUAGUUCAGUAACCAGGAACUGGUAUGAGGAGACCUUUAUGGUAUUAUUUCUAGUUGAGGAAGCCCAUUAAAAAAGCCACUGAGGGGGAGUGUCAUUUUAAUUGUCGGCUAAGAGGCAUGACAUUUGGAGCCACACAUUGGAUUUGGCCCAAAGUCCAAAAGGUGUUGGCGAGGGACUGUGUAAUUACCACGCUCUCUCCUGGCUAGGGUUUUAAUAAGACAACUCAGAGCUCAUAGCUCGCAUGCACGCACGUACACACGCACACACACACACACACACACACACACACGUGUACGCUUACACACAUGCUUUUCCAAUAUGAACUGUAUGGAUUAUUCAGUGGCAUUAUUUUGUAGCUGGCGCUGAAGGUGAGAAAGAUCGUUUCAGAUGACACAGUGAGAAGUAGAGGAAAAUGUCAGGCAGCCCUUUCCAGUUCUCAUACCAUAGAGAUGUGUGUGUUUGUAUUAUUGUGUAUGUGUAUUGUUCAUGUUUGGGGUUGAUAGGGUACAUAGGGUGCUGUUUAGCUUUAUAGGAAAGAAGCUUGGAGCCUGCUCACUGGUGCUUGACAGUAGGUAGUACGCUCUCUCUCUCUCUGAAGGCUUUAGUUAGAGAUGCCCCACUCUGUGGCGUGAUUUUAUUUCUUAUUCAGUCAUGCAUGAACUGUUGGGUUUUCAUUUCUAUCGAGCAAAAAGCCAUAAACCUUGAAGUGGUGUUUGUCAUUCAUUUCAAGAGCUGUUUGUCACAGCUAUGGUGAGGUAACCCAAAGCCCAGAGCGUUCAGGCUGUUGUUGUGUUUAUUUCUAUAUCAGCAGGAGUGCCGGAUACAGGGGUGUCUUGCUCAUGGGAAAUCUCAUCUGGGAGCUGAGGGACUUGAUAUCAUUGUUUUAAUUAAAGAGAUUUCAUUGGAAUAAAGGUUGAGGUUGACCACAAUGCAGCAGCAGCAAACAUAGAAAUAGAAUGAAUAGAACAUGCUUGGAACCUUUAACCCUGGCAAUUGGACUGGUAAACUCAUAGGCACACUCGCAAUUGCUGCCUGGUAUUGUGAUGCAAAAAUGUCCAUGGUAAUGUAGAAUGUUCAUUCAAAUUAUGUUAAUUGAUGUGGUCAUGCAAUUAAAUGUAUUUUUUGUAAUGUCAGUUGAGUUGAAUCAACAAAUCACAGCACACAUUUUAGCACAUAUUUCACUUCCUGCUUUGCUCCUAUGGGUACACUCGCAAUGGCCCCCAGCCCACUCAUUAUGCCAUCAUUGACUUGAAUGGGGACGCCCGUUCUAUUCAUUCUAUUUCUAUGGCAGCACAUGCGGUCAGGAGCGAAGGAGAGGAGAAAAUGGAACUAAGAUGGAUUCAUCCCAAUAGCUAUCCCUGCCCCUUCUUAAUGGUCCAUGGGCCCUAUUUUCUCCCCUGUUAUUUCUGUGUGGUCACUGACAGUGAAGCCCUGUGCAGCCGUACCGUAUGCAUCUGUGCCAUGCCUCUGUCAUGUGUGUGUGUGUGUGUCAGAUCAGUGCUCCCCUGUCCCCAUCUCCAUCCCUGGGGACCUUUACCUCUUAGCCCCCUGGCAGAGGAGCACAGACCGACCCCCUGUGGGGGACAUGAAACACAACAGUUUGAAUUAAAUCCCCUCAAGCACUCUAAAAACCCUCUUCAUCUAUAGGAGCUCUGGGGGGCAGACAGGCUGAAAGGGCUGAAAACGGGGCAGCCAAUUUCAGCUGCACAGAGAGAGCAUGCUAUCAUGGGGGGCUCUCGUACAGCAGAAAACACUGGGUUAGCAUCCCAAAUGCUAUUCCCUUUACUUUAUAGUGCACUACUUUUGACCAGGGCCCUAGGGCUCUGGUCAAAAGUAGUGCACUGCAUAGGGAAUAAGGUGUAAUUUGGGACGCAUAUGGUAAAAGACACCUACCUACCUGUAGCCUGAUGGGCUUGCUAGCAUCAUGAUGAAUCACUGGAUGCUACUGAAUCAUAUCAAUCACUUAACACAUAGAGUAGCACAGGAAAAUAGGUAGGAAUACUGUAUGAUGUUAUCUUCAUACCCCCUAAUAUGAUAAAUGAUAUUAGCAACGGUCAUCAAAAUUGUUAAAAGGUUUAAAAAACAAUUCUAAUAAAUGCAAUAGUUGGACAAUGGAUGAAGAAAAUCCAUCCAUCAGGUAUUGAAUUAAUUAUAGCACAUAAAACAUUUUACUGGCAUGGACAAAUAAUUAAUUAAGUUUUGGGAUUUUGGUGGGAAUUCAUGUAUUCAAUUGAUUAAAAUCCUUAGAGAUCGACCAAUAUAGGUUUUUUUAAGCCAGAGGCCGAUAUUUAAUAUAAUUAAAUUAGAAAAUGUUGAUGACCAAAUUUCCCAGAGACAGCCAUGUAUGCAUUAAUGCAUCACUUUUUAAAUCAAACAAGACAUUUUACUUUGUUUUUACCAAUAUAACUAUGACAAUAUAAUGGUAAUAAUUUUAUUUGAAUGGCAAAUCUCUUGAUAAACUGGGUAAAUUAAGAUGGCAUAGGCCUACUCACAAUACAGGUGAAUGCAUAUUCAAUAGGAGUGUGUGCAUGCAUUGAGUUAUUGAGCUCGUUUUGGAGUCUAUGGUGCUUGGGACUUCUGUUAGCCUACUGAUCAACAACAUUUGCAUAGAAGCAUCACUUCAGCAUGUCACACCUUUAUGAAAGGACAUCAUAUAGGCACUGCUGUUCGUUUGAGAAUAUAAAAUAACAUCUAUUCAAUGCAAAUUGUGUUAAAAUUAAGAAAAUUAUGUGUGCCUCCUUUGCAUAAAUACUCUGGGUGUAUUUGCAUAUAUUAAUAUAUUAACAUAAAGGAGUGGAACAGGGCUUCAACUACACAAACUUCCUCUGUCUAGGCCUACCUGCACUCACCUGCGCUGUCUAGACUGCCUCAUUAAUUACUGUUGUUGUCACGUUCUAUUGCAUAAUUCAACAAGUGUGACAAUAGCAGGAUACCUUCAGAUUAAAAAUCAACACUCUUGGCUCCAGAUUACACGUAUCUAUACAUACUUUACACUGUUUGCGAGAUCAGACAUACAGUGACUUGCGAAAGUAUUCACCCCCCUUGGCAUUUUUCCUAUUUUGUUGCCUUACAACCUGGAAUUAAAAUUGAUUUUUUGGGGGGUUAUAUCAUUUCAUUUACACAACAUGCCUACCACUUUGAAGAUACAAAAUAUUUUUUAUCGUGAAACAAACAAGAAAUAAGACAAAAAAACAGAAAACUUGAGCGUGCAUAACUAUUUACCCCCCCCCCCCCCCAAAGUCAAUACUUUGUAGAGCCACCUUUUGCAGCAAUUACAGCUGCAAGUCUCUUGGGGUACAUCUCUAUAAGCUUGGCACAUCUAGCCACUGGGAUUUUUGCCCAUUCUUCAAGGCAAAACUGCUCCAGCUCCUUCAAGUUGGAUGGAUUCCGCUGGUGUACAGCAAUCUUUAAGUCAUACCACUGAUUCUCAAUUGGAUUGAGGUCUGGGCUUUGACUAGGCCAUUCCAAGACAUUAAAAUGUUUCCCCUUAAACCACUCAAGUGUUGCUUUAGCAGUAUGCUUAGGGUCAUUGUCCUGUUGGAAGGUGAACCUCCGUCCCAGUCUCAAAUCUCUGGAAGACUGAAACAGGUUUCCCUCAAGAAUUUCCCUGUAUUUAGCGCCAUCCAUCAUUCCUUCAAUUCUGACCAGUUUCCCAGUCCCUGCCGAUGAAAAACAUCCCCACAGCAUGAUGCUGCCACCACCAUGCUUCACUGUGGGGAUGGUGUUCUCGGGGUGAUGAGAGGUGUUGGGUUUGCGCCAGACAUAGCGUUUUCUUUGAUGGCCAAAAAGCUCAAUUAUAGUCUCAUCUGACCAGAGUACCUUCUUCCAUAUGUUUGGGGAGUCUCCCACAUGCCUUUUGGCGAAUACUUUUCUUUAAGCAUGGCUUUUUUCAGGCCACUCUUCCGUAAAGCCCAGCUCUGUGGAGUGUACGGCUUAAAGUGGUCCUAUGGACAGACACUCCAAUCUCCGCUGUGGAGCUUUGCAGCUCCUUCAGGGUUAUCUUUGGUCUCUUUGUUGCCUCUCGGAUUAAUGCCCUUCUUGCCUGGUCCAUGAGGUUUGGUGGGCGGCCCUCUCUUGGCAGGUUUGUUGUGGUGCCAUAUUCUUUCCAUUUUUUAAUAAUGGAUUUCAUGGUGCUCCGUGGGAUGUUCAAAGUUUCUGAUAUUUUUUUAGAACCCAACCCAACUUUGUCCCUGACCUGUUUGGAGAGCUCCUUGGUCUUUAUGGUGCCGCUUGCUUGGUGGUGCCCCUUGCUUAGUGGUGUUGCAGACUCUGGGGCCUUUCAGGACAUGUGUAUAUAUACUGAGAUCAUGUGACAGAUCAUGUGACACUUAGAUUGCACACAGGUGGACUUUAUUUAACUAAUUAUGUGACUUCUGAAGGUAAUUGGUUGCACCAGUUGAAGUCGGAAAUUUACAUACACUUAGGUUGGAGUCAUUAAAACUUGUUUUUCAAGCACUCCACAAAUGUCUUGUUAACAAACUAUCGUUUUGGCAAGGAGGGCUGGACAUCUACUUUGUGCAUGACACAAGUAAUUUUUCCAACAAUUGUUUACAGACAGAUUAUUUCACUUAUAAUUCACUGUAUCACAAUUCCAGUGGGUCAGAAGUUUACAUACCCUAAUGUCACGUUAGUUCAAGGACGGGUCAGACCAAGGCGCAGCGUGAAAUACGUACAUGUUUAUUUAAUAAUAAUAAUAUGCCAUUUAGCAGACGCUUUUAUCCAAAGCGACUUACAGUCAUGCGUGCAUACAUUUUUGUGUAUGGGUGGUCCCGGGGAUCGAACCCACUACCUUGGCGUUACAAGCGCCGUGCUCUACCAGUUGAGCUACAGAGGACCAUUUAACUGAUAAACACACGACAAACCAACAAACCGUGAAGUCCUAAGGCUGCACACAAAACAAGAUCCCACAACUAACGAGUGCCAAUAGGCUGCCUAAGUAUGAUCCCCAAUCAGAGACAACGAGCGACAGCUGCCUCUGAUUGGGUACCUAGAUCUACACAUACUAGAAUGACAACAUAGAAAACACAACAUAGAAUAUUCACACCCUGACUCAACAUAUAAGAGUCCCCUGAGUCAGGGCGUGACACCUAAGUUGACUGUGCCUUUAAACAGCUUGGAAAAUUCCAGAAAAUGAUGUCAUGGCUUUAGAAGCUUCUGAUAGGCUAAUUGACAUCAUUUGAGUCAAUUGGAGGUAUACCUGUGGAUGUAUUUCAAGGCCUACCUUCAGAUUCAGUGCCUCUUUGCUUGACAUCAUGGGAAAAUCAAAAGAAAUCAGUCAAGACCUCAGACCUCCUAUUUUGUUGCAUUACAACCUGUAAUUUAAAUUGAUUUUUAUUUGGAUUUCAUGUAAUGGACAUACACAAAAUAGUCCAAAUUGGUGAAGUGAAAUGAAAAAAAUUACUUGUUUAAAAGAAUUCUAAAAAAUAAAUAACGGAAAAGUGGUGCGUGCAUACAGUUGAAGUCGGAAGUUUACAUACACCUUAGCCAAAUACAUUUAAACUCAGUUUUUCACAAUUCCUGACAUUUAAUCCUAGUAAAAAAAUCCCUGUUUUGGGUCAGUUAGGAUCACCACUUUAUUUUAAGAAUGUGAAAUGUCAGAAUAAUAGUAGAGAGAAUGAUUUAUUUCAGCUUUUAUUUCUUUCAUCACAUUCCCAGUGAGUCAGAAGUGUACAUACACUCAAUUAGUAUUUGGUAGCGUUACAUUUAAAUUGUUUAACUUGGGUCAAACGUUUCGGGUAGCCUUCCACAAGCUUCCCACAAUAGGUUGGGUGAAUUUUGGCCCAUUCCUCCUGACAGAGCUGGUGUAACUGAGUCAGGUUUGUAGGCCUCCUUGCUCGCACACGCUUUUUCAGUUAUGGACACAAUUUUUCUAUAGGAUUGAGGACAGGGCUUUGUGAUGGCCACUCCAAUAACUUGACUUUGUUGUCCUUAAGCCAUUUUUCCAUAACUUUGGAAGUAUGCUUGUGUCAUUGUCCAUUUGGAAGACCCAUUUGCGACCAAGCUUUAACUUCCUGACUGAUGUCUUGAGAUGUUCUUCAAUAUGUCCACAACAUUUUCCUUCCUCAUGCUGCCAUCUAUUUUGUGAAGUGCAGCGGUCCCUCUUGCAGCAAAGCACCACCACAGCAUGAUGCUGCCACCCCUAUGCUUCACGGUUGGGAUGGUGUUCUACGGCUCCAAGCCUCACCAUUUUUACUCCAAACAUAACGACGGUCAAUAUGGCCAAACAGUUCUAUUUUUGUUUCAUCAGACCAGAGGACAUUUCUCCAAAAAGUACGAUCUUUGUCCCCAUGUGCAGUUGCAAACCGUAGUCGGUUUUUUUUAUGGCGGUUUUGGAGCAGUGGCUUCUUCAUUGCUGAGCGGCCUUUCAGGUUAUGUCGAUAUAGGACUCGUUUUACUGUGGAUAUAGAUACUUUUGUACCUGUUUCCUCCAGCAUCUUCACAAGGACCUUUGCUGUUGUUCUGGGAUUGAUUUGCACUUUUCGCACCAAAGUACGUUCAUCUCUGUCAUGUGAAUUUUUAUCUCUAAUUCAACCUAAGCUUGAAUCAUUACCAGAGGUUGUAAAGCUCUGGUUUUAAUCAUCAAUGAUUCAAGGUCCACAAUCCACGAGUAAUUAUCAGUAAAUUUUAUUUAAGGAGAGCUCUGCUCAAAAACACAAACAUACUGUUUUUAUACCCCUUGACAAACAAAGACACUAUGCUCCUCCCACCUUUAGGUGGCUUUCUUAAACAGUUCCCGCCUUCCCCCUUGAAUGGUUAGUAACGCCCCCUCUGUUAGUGGGUUGACACUACAUGAUAAUUCUAACAUUUAUACUGUGUUUGGGGGUGAAAUUCUUUAGUAAUUAUUCUUAAAAUCCAAAUUAAUCUAACAAUCUCUAGGAGACAGAACGCGUCUCCUACCUGAGCGGUAUGACGGCUGCGUGGUCCCAUGGUGUUUAUACUUGCGUACUAUUGUUUGUACAGAUGAACGUGGUACCAUCAGGCGUUUGGAAAUUGCUCCCAAGGAUGAACCAGACUUGUGGAGGUCUACAAUUUUUUUUCUGAGGUCUUGGCUGAUUUCUUUUGAUUUUCCCAUGAUGUCAAGCAAAGAGGCACUGAGUUUGAAGGUAGUCCUUGAAGUACAUCCACAGGUACACCUCCAAUUGACUCAAAUUAUGUCAAUUAGCCUAUCAGAAGCUUCUAAAGCCAUGACAUCAUUUUCUGGAAUUUUCCAAGCUGUCUAAAGGCACAGUCAACUUAGUGAAUGUAAACUUCUGACCCACUGGAAUUGUGAUACAGUGAAUUAUAAGUGAAAUAAUCUGUCUGUAAACAGUUGUUGGAAAAUUCCUUGUGUCAUGCACAAAAUAGAUGUCCUAACCGACUUCCCAAAACUAUAGUUUGUUAACAAGAAAUUUGUGGAGUGGUUGAAAAUGAGUUUUAAUGACUCCAACCUAAGUGUAUGUAAACCUCCGACUUCAACUGUAUCUAAUGUUAGCUAAAUGUAGUAAUGAAUAAAUUGGAUACAUUUCUUUAAAUUGACAAUUCUGUGAACUGUCUUGUGCAAGUUUUAAAUUGACACAAUACCUGUUAGCAAAGGUGUCAGCUAGAGAUGACGUGCAGGUGCUUGCAGGGAUUUGUAGUUUUGCAUGAUUUCUACUUUGAUGCUAAUUAGCAUUUUCGAAUCUGAGAGUAAAUAGAGCUGAAUAUAUUGAUAAAAGUCACCUUGUCCGAGAGAGAUUUACAUGGUUAUCAAAACGUCACGCCAGCGUAAGUCUAUACAAAACACAUCCCAUAUUUUAAGUGUUUCUAAGAUCCCCUAUGGGAAAAAUGAAUGAUGGGAAAACGAUUGGAACCAUUUCCCUGUUUGACUAGGUUUUAUGGGUAUUAUGACACCUCCACUGUGGGGAUCUAUUAUGAAGUGGUGGGUGACGUGCUGAUAGCCUGUUGCCUGCACUUGAAUGGUGAAUGGGAGGCGCACUUCAAUUACCAGUUGAGAAAUAAAAAUAGUAGCUAUUUUUAAUCGUGCACCAAAACAGUUUUUAACACGAGAUUGCGUUUAGCCCAUUGAAUGGGCUUAUAAAAGCACGUUUUACUCCAGCAGUGACCAGCUGAGUAGCUGCAGGAGAAAUCCCUGCUGUGCGUGUGAUAGUUGUGUUGGAUAAAUAAGAUACAUGAUGACUACUGAAAAUACACACAGGCCAAUUUAAUUCCACUAAAUUAUGUAAAUUUACCUAUAGACUGAUAAGCAUGACGGUCAAAUGUAUUUCCAUCGACUGGAAAUACCAGUUAAUAAAAAGCAUUAUUUUGCAAUGGGAUUUUUUUUCUCCUGGUCAUUUUGACUGGAAAAAGUUUUAUUUAUCACCUUUAUAUUUUUUAAGCUGCCAAAAUGUGACAGAGAGGAGAGUGAAGGAGAAUUAAAGUAAGACAUGGUUUCUCCCUCCUCCUCUUUCCUCUUUUACUCCUCCUGUGACCACCUCCCCUCCCCAUGCUGUAGCCCCCUGCUCAGUGGUGUGGAUAUGACUCUUAUGAUGGAUGGCACUGGUGGUCUUCCUGAAUGCUUGCCUGUGAAUAAAUGGGUGCAAUGUGCACUCAUUCUCUCUUUCCCUCCCUUCUUUCAUCUUUAACUCUUUCUCCCAUAGCUUUUCUCACUCCACUCCAUCCUCUCUUCAGCACACACGCACACACACAGUAGAACUGCAAUGCACUCCAGACACCAUUACUCCCAGCCACUGUGAUUAAUUACUUUUAACAAAGCAAACAGAGUCUUGCUUGUCCGGAUCAAUCUUUUCCCCAUCACCGUGCCAGCCGCUGUCACCAGUAAUUGCCAAACCCUGUGUAGGAUGAAAUGAGGGCUCCUGCUUCCUUUUCCCCCAGACCUGAACUAGCUGUGGCCUCAAUUUUCUACGCUUGUGCCCCUGCUCCCAUGGCUCCUCGGUCCUCUCCCUCUCCAGUCCUCCUCAGACCCUCCACUCUGACUGCCACUCUCCCUGGUCAAACAGCCAGCCAAGUCACUAGGGGCUCUGCCUCUGUAGGACCAGAGCUGGCCAGACAUCAUCUCAUCAGCUCCAGACUGUUCUCAAGUAAUCCAGUCUUCUUUAGAGUAACACACACGUGCACACACACACACACACACACACACACACAAACACACAAACACACACACAGCUCGGUGAGUCAUAGCGUGGGUGCCAACAAUCAAUGGGGCUCGCAGGCUCCAGCUGGCUGUAGUAGUGGAAUGUAUUCAUUUACCCAUUUACAAAUAGAUGAAUGAUGUUUGAUCAGCUUAGCAGAGCAACACAGAUUAGUAUGCAUGGGACUGAGUGGUGUGGUGCAUGUUUUGGCUGUGGAUAACUUUGAUGGUUAGAACUGUUGCCAAAGUUUCAAUUAAGAUGUUUUGUUAUUUCUAAUGCUUUAAUCUGAAAGCAGGUGUGCAGGCAGGAAAAAUGCCUUCUCAUCUUAUUACUGAUCAUCAGGCCAACAUUGCUCAAUAAAGACACAAUAUCUAGGUCAAGGAAAUACAUCUGACCUGUUUAACAGUAGCCGAGUUUAUGAUGAAUGAUGACGGCCAAAGAACUUGCGGAGGAUAAUUUGGACGUUAAUAAACAUUAACACUAGAACCACUAAAGCAGUCAUUUUGACUGCUCAUGAAUUUAAUCUGUUUAAUACUCUGCCAUUUUUUAAGUCAUGCCUUUCUCCGUCCUAGACGUUUCCUAAAUAAGUCUAAAUUACACACUGCAGUUGUUAGAAUCUUAAUAGCACAAACAGAACUGUAGUUAUAGCCAGUUUUAUGAGGGCAUGUCAUUUUUUAAAUGGUUUCCCCCCCUUGCCCCUCGUUCUCCCGACAGUAGGGCCUGCUCCGCUCCUUUUCCCAACAGUAGAAUGUGUGGUGCCGAGUUGAUAAUUUACAUUUACAUUUUAGUCAUAAUCACCCCGAUAAUUGCUUCAAAACUGAACCUAAACUGUACCAAAACUAAUUUCACCCAUAACAACAGAUGAAAUAAGUGAGGUUAAGUAUGAUGGGGGAGAAUGGGUGAGUUGAUGAACAAGGGGAAGCAAACAUGCAUAGUUAUGUAAUCACUAAUUGUGAAUGAUGAACAGGGUGGGCCAUUCUAUUGUAUUGAUCUGUUCUAAUUCUAAUCUCAUAAUGGUGUGUACCCUAUAUCAGUCCACCAAAUCCAAGCAGUCUCAUCAGUCUACUCUGGCCUACUUGGAGAACAUUGACAGCGUGAGUAAUUUACAAUAACAAGAAGCCCAAGACCUGAAUGAAAACGACUCAGAUGGCGGGGAAGAAAUGAUUCAUGACAUCUCUGAUGAUUUUUCUUCUGAUUCUGAGCCUCAACCUGAAUAACCUACACCUGCAUGGCCUAAGCGCAAAAAAGCCAGAACGGCACGCACUGAGCAGAUGCCGGCGCCACUACCAAAUGAAACGUUGAGACAGGAGAGAGAGGGACAGCACCAGAGACAGCACCGUUUAGAUAGAACAAACCGGUGACAAUGCUACGGGCCGAUUAUCAGCACAAAAUGUCAUCACUGAGAGAGCAGGCCCUAUAUCUCAAGCACAAAACAAUAUUAGCAAUGCACUCACCAGCUUUUGUUUAUGUGACACGGACAUGCUACAGCAUUCAGGUACUGUGGCUAAGGCGCACAUGGAGCAAGGAGACACUGCCUGGGAUCUGUCUGUUGAUGAGCUGGAAGCGUUCAUUUCAAUCCUGUAUGUCCGUGGAGCAUUCGGUGGAAAUAGCGUGUAUAUGGAGAGCUUCUGGUCAGACAUGUAUGGAAUAAGGGCCUCCCGAGUGGCGCAGCGGUCUAAGGCACUGCAUCGCAGUGCUUGAGGGGUCACUACAGACCCGGGUUUGAUCCCGGGAGACCCAUGAGGCGGCGCAGAAUUGGCCAAGCGUUGUCUGGGUUAGGGGAGGGUUUGGCCGGCCGGGAUGUCCUUGUCCCAUCGCGCUCUAGCGACUCCUGUGGCGGGCCGGGCGCAUGCACGCUGACACGGUCGCCAGUUGUACGGUGUUUCCUCCGACACAUUGGUGCGGCUGGCUUCCGGGUUAAGCAAGCAGUGCGGCUUGGCAGGGUCGUGUUUCGAGGACGCAUGGCUCUCGACCUUCGCCUCUCCCGAGUCCGUACGGGAGUUGUAGCGAUGGGACAAGACUGUAACUACCAAUUGAAUAUAUAUAUAUAUUUUUAAAGACAUUACAUUUAAAUUUUAGUCAUUUAGCAGACGCUCUUAUCCAGAGCGACUUACAGUUAGUGCAUACAUUUUUCAUACUGACGUAUGGAAUAUUAUUCUUUGGAGAAGCCAUGUCACAGGAUCACUUCAAAAAGAUAAUCUGUUACCUCCAUUUUGAUGACAAAUAACCAGACAAAUUCACUAUGGUAUCCAAUGUAUAGAUAAUUUACUAUUUUUGACUGCUGUCAUAUCAACACAUAUUCAUUAUAAUGCCAUUUUUGCUUUUGUGCUGAUUUUCACUAUUUAUCAAGCACACUUGGCACUUAAUUAUGUUAAUUAUGUUUAGGCUACUGAUGUUGUCAUUAUUUGACAGCGCAUGUCUUGCUGACCGCGUGUCUUGGUGGUUGGGGUUAUUAUUUUUGAGGGGUCGUUAUAGAAAUAAGCUGUUACCGCAUUCCAACACAUCCACUUUCUGUUUCAUAUUUGUAACAAAGGCAUUCCAAUAAUAAAAUAGAUUGAACACUUUUGUAAAAAAAAUUGUACAUAAAGCCUACAGUAACAUAAACGAAUGAAAAUGCUAUUGUGAUAAUUGUAAUAAAAUAAAAAUCGUAUUCUAAUGUUACCUUAGACCUUCAUAAACACAACCACAUGAUUAUUUUUGCGAUAACAUAGGUGAAAUGUACUAAUUACACUGUUAGAAUGUUGCAGACAAAAUGACUGCUCAUUAGCUUGAAUGGGGGUCCCUCGAGGCCCAGCGGUUUUAGUGUUAAUGAGGUAAGGAUGUAUAGGUGUGUUAUCAGUGCUAUUGCUGUUUAUCAUUGAUAUUUAAUGGUGUUGGAUAGCGGUUAAACUGUACAGUAAGUAGGCUGGUGUCUAUUAUGCCUGGUUGUGCCUGAUUGUUCCUGUGUAGCAGCAGUACAGUGUAUGUAUGCACUGUAUGUCUACUAAUGUUCCUGCUCUAUCCAUGUGGGAGAAGAAGGUAGCAGUCUGUAGGCCGGGGAAGCAGCCCAGUCUGAUAAUCACUAUCCUCAUUAAUAAUAAACCAUUCACACUGGUCCACCCAUAAUCUUCAUUUUCCUGCUUGUGAUAUAUUCCCCUGGUCUGUCAGUCGGUCCUGGGCCAGUCAUGUGCUGGAGCAUGUAAUAUAUAUGAUAAGUAGUGGAGCCAGUCUGCUUGGAACUCGUCACACAAUUAAAUUGGUGCGGUAUGGAGUUCAUAUUGCAGCGUGACCGAUGGGGAAUUAGCCAGUCUAUAUAUAAACCCAGCCGCAUGUGUUGGGAAUUAAAGUGCAUUUAUCUGGUAAUCGCCGGGGAGAUCUCCGCAUGCACAACCAUGCUACAGCGGCCAUGCAGCCACCGCAACCAACUACAGAUCCAGCUAGAGCACACUGCUUCUCUGCUCUGGGAGAGACGUGAAGGAGAAUCAGGUCACACUCUAUAGCCUUCUGAUACAACAGUUGUGGGGGUAUAAAGGGGAAGUCAUCCACUAGCUAGAGCCUCCUCUCUCUUUUAGUCUUGACCUUUAUCUCUCUCACCCUGUAACUCUGUCUUUCCAUCUCCCCCCAUCUCCCUCUUCUCCUCUCCUCUUUUAACCUCCACAUGUACCUCUAACCUCGUGUCUCCCAUGUUCUGCCCUCUCCUUUCCCCAGCUUCCCCAGUCUAUCCAGCCUCUUUAAGUCUUAUGUGUGAUUUGGCCUGCCUUUUACUCAAUCAUGUAUGAUUCCUCGCUAGCAGAAUCAAAAGCAGCCGGGCUCCACCAUGCUUUUCAUUAGAGCACUCCAGUAGGGAAGGCUGUAAAUGAAGUGUUGUGGGUGAGUCUGCUCUGGAGAAGAAGCCACACUGCGAGGCAGGCAGGGAACCACUGCUGCUGACUCCCCUGUGUAAUGCAGAAACUCCCCAUAAGGCUGGCAGCGCCAACCUCAGAACACUCUAAUGAUCCCAGCCCAAGUUAUGGCCAGUCAGGGAACUCUGCCCACUGUGUUAAACAGUGUGAGAGAGGUAAUGACUUGUUGGACUUUAUAUAUCUUUGGGAUCCAGUCCAAGUCCAGUGUGAUGACCAAACACAAAUAUCAUCCCAGACUCAGCAACAUUUAAUGCAUGGAAAAUUGAGUUGCAUUAUAGUUAGUCACUAGUUAGACUAGAAUGGUCAAUGUCUCACAGCUUGUAAAUUCAGUCUGAACAGCCAUUCUAUUGUGCAACUGCAGUAGAUGUUCAACUGAUUCCAUAUCAGUUUGCUUCUAUAAUGUGACUUAGGGAGGAGACGUGAGUUAAACCUGUGAAGCGGCAUCUAUAAGCUGAUAGGAUGGGAGAGGUGUUAUGUUCUCUCCAGGUGUUAAGAGAGGGUCACUAAUACCCAUCCUAAUGUGGCUAUUUUUCAGCCAUGCUUCAGUUGACUGUCAAUGUCAAUUAAGGCACUCCAUAUGAAGAUGGAGGAUAUGGCGCCUGGAGAGGAAAGCAGCACCAGGGCCAGACUAGGGACUACAGACUCUCAGCUCCACAACUAGGAUUUACCAAUACAUGAGGAGCACACAUGACAUAGUGGCUCAUUAUAUCUGCACAUUAUCAUUACAUUUAUUAUUAUAAUUGUGUUUUUUGUAACUUUUUAUUUAAUCAAGGAGAGACUCAUGAGACCAGGGUCUCAUUUUCAAUGGUUCCCUGAGGACAACAAAUUCAACACGAACAUUCCCCCCAAAAUAUAAAUAAUGAAUAAAUUACAUGUUACAUAGAAAAUAAAAAUACAAUUUCAACACCAUGAUACAUUUUUACAUUUAAUUGUAUUUAUUUAUUUACAGUUAUCAGUUCUGCACUGGUGGUUUUUGCACAGUUUUUCCAAGAGCACACUGAUUUGGCCUCCUUCAACAGUUCAGAAGAGCACUUCUGCUGCUGCCUAUGCUUCUAUGCUCUUUUUAAUGUUCACCAUCUGGGCUUGAUUGAUUAAAGCUCCUUUAAGUAAUUAAUGCAAUGCAUGCUUUAAUUGAGAGUAGGCCCCUGUGGGUAUGUGUAUAUGCUCAGGCAGCAGAGGCAUGAGAGAGAGCAGAGCCAAGGAUGUGUUUUAGAGCACCAGAAAAAUCCUGAUUAGCACCCUGACCCUCUCAGUCUCUCAGCCUCAUGGCUCUACACUCUUAGAAACAAAGGUGCUAUCUAGAACUUUAAAGGGUUCUUUGGCUGUCCCCAUAGGAGAACCCUUUGAAGAACCCUUUUUGGUUCCAGGUAGAACCCUUUUGGGGUCCACGUAGAACCCUUUCCACAGAGGGUUCUACAUGGAACUCAAAAGGGUUCCACCUGACCCCAAAAUAGUUCUACCUGGAACCAAAAAGGGUUCUCCUAGGGGGACAGCCGAAGAACCCUUUUGGAACCCUUUUUUCAAAGAGUGUAUACUCUUGAGAUGCUGGCAUACAGUAUGCCAUCACACUACUACACUUUUUCAGGUAUGAUGUUUGUGUAGUAGUUUGAGGAAAUGCUAUGGUAGUGUGUGACAUGGUUUUAUAGCAUUGCAACGCCGACACUGAUGGGUUAUUUCCAGUAAAUAUGUUUUUACUAAUAUCUUCCAUCUGUCUUAUUGCUGUGCCUCUAGUAACAAUAGAACUCUGUUAUUGUGGUUGACUUGUAUGGGAUGUUUGGGACGUUCUUGUCCUCUAUUACACACCAUAGGAUCCAUUAUAGGACACACCAUAGGAUCCACUAUAGGACACACACUAUAGGACACACAGUAUAGGACACACACCAUAGGACACACACUAUAGGACACACACUAUAGGACACACACCAUAGGACACACACUAUAGGACACACACCAUAGGACACACCAUCGGACCCAGGACACACCAUAGGACCCACCAUAGGGUGACAGCAUGUCACUGCAGGACCACGCUGCUCGGCAUCAUUUUGCUGUCUCAUCUGCUUGUGAUAAACGAGCGAUAUCAGUUUUUCCCUUCUUUUUCACUUUCCCUGUUAUGUUGAAUGCACACACUGUGACACUUCCUCAAUCACAAUGGUUGACCUUCUCUAUUGAAAAAGCUCUGUGUCUUUUGAUAAUUGUUUUUAGAAAGUGUUGAAGCCGGUCAGAUAAUGUGAGACAUGGUGAAUACAGAGUGCUCCACCUACCUGACGCUGACCUUUUACGAUCCUACGCCUCGCAACGGUUUGAUGGGAGCCUCAGUCUAAUCGAUGGCCCACUGCCAUGUGAGAGUAUCUAGUCUACUACCAUGGCUCUCUCUAUUCCUGAUGUGUCUAGUGUCUAGUCUGCCCUGGCUUCUACCUGGAAGCUACUGCAGCGUUUCCACUAUGAGACACACUGCUGAAGGAGCCUGAAUAAUUAAAACAUUUACCCUUUAAUAGCCAUUACUGAAAAGACUGAUCAGUUUAAUUUGCUCUCAAUAAACCCAUCUCAUCUAAUGGGCUAAUUAAGGGCUUUGGAUGAAACAGCAAUCACAGGAGUCUACAGCUCCCUGAGGGACGAAUCCAUCAAUGCAACAUACAUAUUUUAUUGUGUCAACCUACGUGCAGAUUGUAUGGCGCCUUGCGUUACUGUUUAACAUGCAUCAUUGAUGUUGCUCACGGAGCCAGUCAGCCAGUACAGAACAUGAAAUCACAGCAGCCUUGAACCGUAGCGCACCUCAAGGUCUCUUCCCUUUCUCUAUUCAUUACUGGAAACAAAGACCACAGAGAAGCAUUAUUAACUCAUACACAGCAUUAGUAGUACAUCCUAGCCUUGACUCCUUUGGUUGUGUCUUCUCUCUCUCACUCUCUUUGAGCGUGAAUGCAUUUGCUUGACUGUGUUGCUUUACUGAGUGAACACACAUUUGAUCAAUGAAGGUCAGCGUGUGUGCUGAUCCUGUGUUGUGUCUUAUUAGAUUGGAGAGCUGGUAAUGGACAUGCAGCUGUGUCAUGGCUGUGGCCCUGUGACCCUCUGGGCUGGUGGUCCCUGUCCGCCCCGGGCCAGGCCCAGAGGUGUAAUCUCUCCCCACUCAGACAACUGAUGGCUCACAUCUGACCUCCCUUGUCCUGGGGGAAAGACUGGCUUCAACCGGAGGGGAGGCAGAGAGAGAGGAGGACGGAGUGUUCUCAAACCGUGUGUAAAUGUGUGUACGCAUACACACCCUCUGAGCUUUAGCAAUAUUUUGAAUUAAGCGAAGGUACUGUGGUGCCUGUGGCUGUCAGCUUGUCAGACUGGGGGAGCCCAAAGCAGCAAUCAUUCCAUUUGCCUUCUCCACUGUUCUCCCAGCUAAUUUGUCAUGGGCGACAGUUAUCCCUGGAUAUUUAAUUAAGCAUUUGACAUAUUGUGUAUCCUGUGGCAGAGAUCUGCUGUGGCAGAGAUCUGAAGGGGAUGGCAGCGGCCCUGUCUGAAGCCCUGGUCGACAUUUCUGGGUCACAUUGGAAACCAGGCAACGGUAACUAUCAGUGUAAAGAGCCAAGAUACAGGGGAAGAAAGGCAGCAAUCUCUUUGAUCAGACCUGAACCGUUAGUGCUAAUCUGUGUUGCACCAUCUCAGCUGGUGUCAGGGCUGUUCAGCUGGAGGGGCACCAAUUUAAUGUUUGAUGGGAACGGGUGUGUGGGAUGUGUGUGCUGCUAGCAUUGUCAUGGGAGUUAGUUGUUUGUGUAUGUUUGUGUGUGUGUGUGUGUGUGCGUGUGUGUGUGUGUGUGUGUGCAUGCGUGCAUGUGUGUGUUUGCAGUGAAGCCUGCUGUCACUGUUUGAUGGUCUGAUUUGGGUUCCAUUAUAGUGCUGGCAGGGGUUGUGUUCAGAGACACCACACUGACACCAACUGCCCUGUGGGCUAUCACAAACCAUCUUCACCAGCCUCCCUCUAACCACACACACACAGCAACAACACAGCACCGACAUAGUGGAGGGUGUGGCGCUGUCUGUUUAAACUGAGUUUAUGUUUCCCUUUUAUUGAUUUCCUCAUUUGAAAGCAUCUCUAUUAUGGCUGAUAUCUCCAAUCUCUGCCCAGUGAGCCUCACAAUACUUCUACUCAUUGGACCGCAGCUGGAGCUGAGAGUUAAAAGACAGACUGACUCCUCUUUUGUUGGACACAUUCACUGCUUGUUUAAACACAUUUGGGCUAGCGAUUAACAGCGUUGGGUCAGUAACCGAAAGGUUGCUGGUUCAAAUCCCUGAGCCAACUAGUUGAAAAAGCUGUUGAUGUACCCUUGAGCAAGGCACUUCACCCUAAUUGCUCUGGAUAAGCGCAUCUGCUAAAUGACUAAAAUGUAAUUUUUGGGUAGCUUUUGAAGGGAAUUUGUUUUCUUUUGGAGUGAUAGCAUAGAUCAGGCUCCAGAAUUAGAAUGAGAGUGUGAUAUAAAAAGGACUAUUGAUAAUGCCAUGUGUCUGUACACAGUGCUGGGCUCAUGAUGCCCUCCAAUACCACACUUGUAAUUAUCUGACUAGCUUCUCCCAUACUGACCUCCCUGCAGUGCAAUACAACCCUACACUAUUACUUCCUAAAAGCCCUGCCUUUGUGUGUGUGUGAGAGGGAGAGGGAGGGAGGGAGGGAGGGAGGGAGGGAGGGAGAGAGAGAGAGAGACAGAGAGAGAGAGAGAGAGAGAGAGAGAGAGAGAGAGAGAGAGAGAGAGAGAGAGAGAGAGAGAGAGAGAGAGAGAGAGAACUGAGAUAAGGAAUGAGUUUAAUAUGGAGUGUGGUGUAUUUCUGUGCUGUGUGUCUGGGUGUGCAUUUGUCUGUGAGAACGCAUGUUGGUGUGUAUAGAUAGGGCUGAACCGAUAAGAAUUAAGCUGAACAUUGUCUACUUUUGAAGGUGAAAUGAAAUAAGCAACCUGUGUGCUACUAUGAGUAAGCCUGUUGAUGGAAAGAUGUGUUGAGGCCAGAGAGGAUGUUGAGUGUUUGUGAAUGGCUGUAUGUCAAGAAUGUAGUGAUGACACAACAUGAAUGUGUGCAUCUAUCUACUGAAGUAGUACUGGUAGUACAGCUUACAUUUUGAGAGAGACUACUGUGAGAUGUUGAAUAAGAUUAGCUAGCGCAGAAACACACUGGUAAAUGAAUAGGGGCUCAGUGAACCCCUGGGGGGCUGGUCAAAGGGCCAGACUGACUGGGGAGGGGGCCAGGACAGAUGCCCAGGGUAUAGGGACACAAAUCUGCUAAUAAAGAGGGCUUUAACAGUUGGUCCCUCACUCACACACACACACACAAACACACACAUCCUGUUAUCCUGUAAACGUCCUGUAAAACCACACCAACUAGGUUCCCUAGUGUGUGUGUGUGUGUGUGUGUGUGUGUGUGUGUGUGUGUGUGUGUGUGUGUGUGUGUGUGUGUGUGUGUGUGUGUGUGUGUGUGACUGUGAACACGAUCUACCAGUAUGUAUUUAUAUUUUCUUUGCAUCAUCGUUGCACCUCUCUUCCUCUUAAGCAUAACAAUAUGAAUAUUUAAAAGUUCUUCAAACAAGCAGUCAUGAAAUAUUAAGAUGUUCAAGAAAAGCUUUUAUCACAGCUCCGCUCUCUUCUCAUUCUGUCUCUCUAGCCUCACAUUCUCAUUAAUAUUUUUAAAUCUCACUCUCUCGCACACACACAUCAGACACACGCACAGAAACCACCCUAGGGUAAGAACAACAAACCUUCCUAGUCGAUACACACAUUGUAGCUGAAAACAGAGGAGGCAGGAAGUAAGGUUCAAUAAUGUAGCUGGUUUUAUUUUCAGACUAAACAGAGGUUGAGAAACGUUGGUUGUCAUGUCUUACAAGAUGCCCAGCGUUAGUCAGGUUAGACGCUGUAUUGUAGUUAAAGUGUCUUUGGUAACAGUGGUGUUUAUCCUCCAUUUGGCCUCUCUCUAUGGGGAGAAAGCAAGGCUAGGCAGUAAGGUGAUUAAACAUGCCGCUCUGCCUUUCCUUUGUGACUGUGUAAUAUGUUUGAAAGGCAGAGUUAAUCUGUGGAGCCUCUCUGAUGCACCCCUCUCCUUUUCUCUUCAAUGCUCUCCUCUCUGAGAGCUGGAGGGUGUGCUAAUCGCUUGAGCGGCAGCUCUAAGUAGCUGUUGAUGUGUUUUCAGAAAAGAUCCCGUUAAGUGUGAAUAGAAACGUCUAGUAAUGGUAAUUGCUCUCUCCCCACUGGGCACACUCUGGUUGAAUGAACGUUGUUCCCACGUCAUUCCCAACGUGGAAUAGAUGUUGAAUUGACGUCUGUGCCCAGUUGUGCUCCUUAUUCCACUGGCAUAACCGACCUGUUGAGCACCGUUGUGCAGCUUGUGGUUGUGCCUGCUUGUGUGUGUGCCUGUGUGUUGAAGUGAGUGUGUUUCAUUGUGUGUGUGCUCAAGUGUGUGUGUGUGUGUUGAAGUGUGUGAGCGUGUGCGUGUGCGUGUGUGUGUGUGUGUGUGUGUGUGUGUGUGUGUGUGUGGCCUAGAUGGUGCAUUUUGACUGCUGAGAUUAAUGGCAGAGAGAGAAUUAUUUUAAGACUGCGCAGUGCAUCGAUUCUGUCAUCUUCCACCGUCACUCUUUGAUUUAUGCAUUUAUGUGCGUGCUUGUGUUUGCAAUAUUUUAAUGCCCUCUCCAAAGGGUAUAGGCUUUUAAAUGCUUGCAUGUAGGGCAGGAGGGAGGAUAAAUAAAGGAGAUGUCAAUUUUAGUUUGAAGCAAAGGGCUUUUUUCAUAUUUUUUCUCACCUCUCCCUCGUUCUCUCUCUCCGUCACAGCUCUCAGAGGGGAAUGGAAGAAGCGUGUAGUAGAGCAGUCAUAUAGUAAAUCCAAUCAAAGAGAGAAGUGCUUUUAAAUGUCUGUUGUUCCCCGGGGCAGAACGUCUCUGAGCCUGUCUCUCUGCUCCUAUGGCAAGCAGCCCAAACUCACUCUCAGCCGCCACCAGACGUAAUUAAUAUCGAGCGGGCGCACUGGCCCUUGCUCCUCUCCUUUAAUAUCAGUGUUAGAACAAAGGUUAAUGCUUUGAAUCAAAUCUCUGUCCUCAUCCGUUUCAAUGGAGUUGUGAUGCAGCGAGGGGGGAAGAGGGCAGAGAGAGAUUGGUAAUCAACGGGGGGCUUGGAAGGAAGAUAAAUUAAUUACUGUUCUCCAGAAAUGCAAUGUCAUGUCUCAUUUUCCCUAAUUCCCUCCCCUUUUGCCCCUCCCUACUGGUGCUAGGGGAGAGGCUAGGGCACACUAAUGAAAAGGCCUCUUAGAUGCUAAUAACAAAUUACCCUCCGUGUCACUUUUGGAAGCUUCUGCUACUGCAGUCAGAGUCUCCUCAGUGGGGAGGAGCCCAGACAUACUGCAGACUGCAGGUUAGCCUUGUAGAAUUACAUAUAGUACACCUAGCCACAUAGAAUGAUAGGAUCUCUGUGGUUAGCCUGGACUCCCUGUCAGACUGCAGGUUAGCCUGGACUCCCUGUCCUAGUCAGACCCUUAGACAGUCCCAGCAGAGGGGCUCUGGAGAGAGAGUGGAGGGAGAGGAAGCUGGUAUCCUGGAUGUUGGGUUUAAUGCACUGCACUGUAUAUUGGCCAUCCAAAAUGCCUGGAUGUGGAUUAUGUUGGAAGAUGGUUGGGUUGUAUUGUGUAGUGUUGUAUUACUGAGAUCUGUAUUAUGGCCUAGUUUUGGCUGUUUAGAGGGGAACACUGUAGUGUAACUUUUUGCAUUGUUUAUAUCAUCCCAAAUCUGGCUGGAUUUAGUGGUUUGGCUGGAGUAAGCUGUAAACUGGGCUGGUUCCAUAUCUCCCUGAGGCUGCAUAGCUGCUGAUCCAGGGCUAGAGCUGAGAAGGGCUGGGUUCUGUUCUGUACUGCUAUUUGUCUCAGAUCAGAGAGACAGACAGGCCAGGAAACAGCUAUGUCUCUACAGGCUACACAUAGACAGGGGAAAUGCUGCUGUCAUCAGAAUGGUGGGGUUUUGGGUGGACUGCUUUGGUCACAUGGUCUGUGCCUCUCACUGAUGUUAAGUAAAUCACACUUCAACCACCAUGUGACUGGCUGUCUGUGAGCAGUGGGAACAGACUGGUGGAAGAGGAGGAAGUCAAACAGUUUUUUCUACUUCAGGGUCCACACUAUUGAAAGGCCCAGAUGUAGAGAAAUAGGCCAUGGCAGAUUCAGGGUGGUAGUUUGUGUCAUUAUAGCAAUGUUGUGAAAAAUAGCAUGGAGUGUCUGGAGUAUUUAUGUAUCCUUUUACGAUGCUACAAAGUAACUCCAUUAUGUAGGCUAGCUCUCUCUCCCGCUCUAAACUCUUUCAACAGAAUCUAAGAGAAAUCCCCAUACUCCACACUUGUGUGCUAACGAUUCCCACUGCAAACAAAGAAUACACAAUUUGUGUGACUAGAAAAGAAUGCCAUGCUCUUGAGAAAUGCAUCCGAUGAGUGUGUAUCAUGUGCAUUUAUGUAAAACGUAUUCACCAAUUAACAAGAACAGGAAACACAAUGAUCCCUCUAUUAUGGGAAUACAAAGGCGAGUGAAGCCAUGUACUCUGAAAACAGCUUAUGUGGAAAAGAUGCAAAUGGCGUGAAAUUAGUGUCUGGUAAUGUUUUUGUGUACAACCCCAUGCUGUAGGGCUAGACUACAGUACUGACGUCUCUCUCGCUCUCUCUCUCACUCUCUCUCUCUCUCUCUCUCUCUACAGGCAUACUUCCGACAGGGUGUUGCCCUUCAGUACCUUGGUCGCCAUGCCGACGCACUGGCCGCCUUUGCCUCGGGGCUGGCCCAAGACCCCAAGAGCCUGCAGCUACUGGUGGGCAUGGUGGAGGCUGCCAUGAAGUCCCCACUACGAGGUAACGUGUCUGUCAUACUAUAUCUCUAUGUUCUCCUCUCUGCCUUUCUAACUGUCGCUAAUCUUCAUCCUUCUGUCAGUCGAUAAAUGUGUCAGUGUGACUCUAGCAGUCUGUCAGUGACUACUGCAUAUCUUUAUAUCCAUCUGUAUUUGCUUGGCAGACUGUCUCCUUGUCUGUCCAUCUCAGUGUAUGUGUGAAGGAGUCCCCCUGACUGACAGGACUGUUUCACAUACUCUUAACUACCUGAUAAAUGUCUUGCCAGUCAAGCUGAUCAGAAAGAUACUUCUUUAUCAUAAUAUUAAACUUCCAACAAUACAGCCCUUGUCAGUGGCUGCCCCUGUUGAUGCCUAUUUUCCAAAGCCAAAGUGGACAUAUAAGUAGCUUAGUAUCCAGGCCAGGGCUUUCAGUAAAUUGUGACCUCCCUGCUCCAUGAUGUGUGUGAUAUAUCAGGCCUGGCCCUUUGGGGCACCCUGUUGGGGCCAAAUGCAUGGGGUCUCCCUCCAAACAAAACUGGAAUCCAUUUCACUAGUGCAACUGACCGCUGCAGAGGAUUUAAUAAGCUGCUAUCCCAACUCCAACAGAGACUCUGAGUCAUCAUGUGCUCUCUCUUUGUCAUCACCAAAACCACCAAACUCCUCAGAUACUAUACACAUGAAUAAAUACAAGCCUGUUGUAACAGUUCAAUGUUUUACUGGCCUGCACAGGGAGAUCAGUGGAUCCACAUGGCUUUGUUCUGUAAUGUUCUGUUCAGAGAGGAGUCAUUGUGAUUUAGGCUGCUUGGAGCGCCUCUCUCAAUCCCUGUUAGCAAAAGGCUGUAUCUGAAUUCAUGGAAAAAACACAAGCAAAGAGCCCAUCUGAGGUACAUUGAUUACAUUAGCCUUGUCACUGGAAGCGUAACAGUAAAAGGGCUUGGGAGUGGGCCCAGCAUCAAACACCAAACACUGUCGACCUGGCUGGGCCUCUCUCUCAGUAGGAGAGGAGAAACUCUUGGCCCAGGUUUUUUAAUCUCUUAAUUGUUUACCACGUUUCCCAUGGUGCCAGGGAGUGAAGCAGCUAGCGACGGAGGGAGGGAGCCAGUCCAAGGUGUGUUGGAGGGGGGGCUAGGUCGGGGGAUUAAGAGCAAUGAUCCUCUCAGAUGGGCUCCUGGCACAGGGGGAAGAUAAUCAGAGUUACGCCAGCAAACAGGGAGGAUAAUCAGUGUUACGCAGCCAAAGCCCUGUGAUAAGGGAAAGGUAUGAGAGCGUUGCUUUCUCUCGCUGAAGUCAAAGAUGGCUGUAUUCCUGCCAGCCUCUCUUAUCGGCUGUGUAACACACCCCUUCCAGGAUUACCUGGGGAUUACCAAACCCACCCAUUUAAUUUUCCCCUCGCUUGGAGUUUGGUGUCGCCAGGGUCUUACUAAACUAACUAAACUCUUUCCCUGUUGAAUUCAGAGUGUAAUAAGGUAUAAUAAGGAAGAUGUUUCUCCAUACUGAUGAUAGACAUCAUCUAGUAGGAGUCAAGUAGCUACUAGUUGUUUUAUGCAUCUCCUCACUUAACCUGCCUUAAGGACAUCCACACAGACAUCUGUUUAGUCUCCAAAUUCACUUUAAUGUUUUUCCCUACAUGUUCGGUUUUUAUUCUGUCAUUGGGCAUAGCAACAUAGAUAAAGGUGUGCUCAUGCAAACAGUGAACAAAGAACACAAAUAAUUAAAGUAAGAAAACAUUCAAGGCCCUUGUCUUCAAGGAGACAAACAGUGUGUAUAAUUGUCACGAUCGUCGGAGGAAGUGGACCAAUGCGCAGCGUGAUAAGUGAACAUACUUAUUUAUUGAACGAACAAAACAACAAACGAUACAAAACGUGAAGUCCUUGGUUACAAUACACACCAUACGGAACAAGAUCCCACAAAUGACAAUGCCCAAACGGCUGCCUAAGUAUGGUUCCCAAUCAGAGACAACAAGCAACAGCUGAUUCACGUUGCCUCUGAUUGAGAACCACCCCGGCCAACAUAGAAACACAAGCACUAGAACUUAACCACAGAACACAAACACAUAGAAACUACACACCCUGGCUCAACAUAUAAGAGUCCCAGAGCCAGGGCGUGGCAAUAAUUCCCCUGAAGCGCACUUUAUCACCACUAUUUGUGUGUACUUUACUUUAGCAUUACAGUAUUAUAUUCCCCCCCCACACAACGCAUCAGAGAGAUUUUCCAUGAGUCCGGAGCUGAGCAGCAGAUAGUGCUCUCAUGUGACUCCUACUGUACUGUCCUCCUUUGUUUUUCUCACAACAAAGCUCUCAAAGGAGGGAAAAGUGCUCUCAGAACCCUCUCCAUCUCUGGCUCUCUUCUCUGCUGCCUAUUAUCAUUAUGUCAGAUUCUAACUCCUCAGAUGUCAAGGUUUUGAUGCAUGUUUUUUUCUACAGUGAAUAUCAUUGAGUGAAAUUAAAGGAGGGAAAUCAGGCCCAGGCAGUAGCCAGUGUUGAGGGCAGAUGGGCUUGGUUCUGUUCUGUUUCUUUCUCCCAUGAUCUUGGACCAGCUCUGAAGUUCUCUGAGCGUUGGAGGGGAAACAAUGUCACUAUAAUAUUGAUACAUUUUUCCAAUUCAUUGUUACCAAUAGAUCAGACUAUUCAUAUUAUGUAAUCUUGGAAGGAGUGAUGCAGAUACAGAAAUAUACUACAGAAGUAGAAUAUUGUAGUAGAAAAGUAGUAUAGAAGUAGUAUAUAGUAUAUAAACUGUUUAGUAUAGAUUAUGGAGAUGCAGACACAAACAGAAGUACAGGAGGGUGUCAGCCUCCCUCAGCAGUCAGCUCUCUGCCUCCUCACAGUCACAGACCCAUAGAACAGAAUAGGUGGCAAUGGCUCGUGAAAUGGGAAGGUGAACUGAGUCAUAGUUGUAUUCAAAAAAACAGAAUGAAUGUACGCUACAUGGGUUUGUUAUUGUCACCAGUCGCCCAGGGGAAAUGGUAAAGGCUGUCAAAGCCUACCCUAUAACAGACCCAGCCUGAGACCAAGCCUCCUCUAUAUGAGGCCAAGCCUUAGAGCAGGAGAAGGAACUAUAUAUGAAUGUACUGUAUCUGUUUGUGUAGAUGUGCAUACAGCUAGUACUCAUUACAUUUUGAAUGCUUAGCAGGACAGGAAAAUGGUCCAUUCACAGACUUAUCAAGAGAACAUCCCUGGUCAUCCCCACUGCCUGUGAUCUGGCAGACUCACUUAACACACAUGCUUCGUUUGUAAAUGAUGUCUGAGUGUUGGAGUGUGCGCCUGGCUAUCUGUAAAAAACAACAACAAUAGGCCUCCAGAGUGGCGCAGCGGUCUAAGGCACUGCAUCGCAGUGAUAGUGGCGUUACUACAGACCCGGGUUCAUUCCCGGGCUAUGCCACAACCGGCUGUGGCCGGGAGUCCCAUAGGACGGCGCACAAUUGGCCCAGUGUCGUCGGGUUAAGGGAGGGUUUGGCUAGGGGGGCUUUACUUGGCUCAUCACGCCCUAGUGACUCCUUGUGGCGGGCCAGGUGCCUGCUGGUUGACCCUGGUCGCCAGUUGAACGGUGUUUCCUCUGACACAUUGGUGCGGCUGGCUUCCGGGUUAAGCUGGCAGGUGUUAAGGAGCAAGGUUAGGCGGGUCAUGUUUCGGGGGACGCAUGACUCUCCCGAGCCCGUUGGGGAGUUGCAGCGAUGAGAUGUGAUCAUAAUUGAAAUUGGGAGAAAAAAAAGGGGGUAAAAUACAAAGAAAAAACUUUUUUUUUAAACAACUACAGAAAAUGGUUCCGUCUGGUUUGCUUAAUAUAAGGAAUUUGAAAUGAUUUAUACUUUUACUUUUGAUACUUUAGUAUAUUUGAGCAAUUACAUGUACUUUUUACUCAAGUAGUAUUUUACUGGGUGACUUUUACUUGAGUCAUUUUCUAUUAAAGUACUGUAUCUUUACUUUUACUCAAGUAUGACAAUUGGGUACUUUUUCCACAACUGUAUGUGUGUGUGUUUUAUAUACACUCAGUGGCCAGUUAAUUAGGUACGCUACCCCGUUCACGAAAAUGGUUCGCUCCUACAAACAGUGAGACACGUGGCUGUGGCUUGCUAUAUAAAGCAGGCAAACAGGCAUUGAGGCAUUCAGUUACUGUUUGAUUGAAUGGUGCGACAAAGCAAAAACAUCCAAUCAGCGGCAGUCCAUUGAUGAGAGGUCGAAGGAGAAUGGAAAGAAUCGUGCUAGCUGACAGGCGGGCCACAAACAGGCAAAUAAUGGUGCAGUACAACAGUGGUGUGCAGAACGGCAUCUCGGAACGCACAACUCGUCGGUCCUUGUCACGGAGGGGCUAUUGCAGCAGACAACCAGACCCGGUUCCACUCCUAUCAUCUAAAAACAAGAAGAAGCUGCUCCAGUGGGCAUGCGAUUACCAACACUGGACAAUUGAGUAGUGGAAAAACAUUGCCUGGUCCGACGAAUCACGGUACCUGUUUCGUCAUGCUGAUGGCAGAGUCAGGAUUUGGCGUAAGCAGCAUGAGUCCCUGGCCCCAUCCUGCCUGGUGUCAACGGUACUAGAUGGGUGUACUUAAUAAACUGAGUAUAUGUGUGUGUUCCUGCUCAUCCUCCUGACGUGUGUGAGACACUGCAGUGCAGUGCUGUCACUGACGUUGCCCUAACUACCUGUUUAUGAAUCCAGCAGCCAUGACACUUUUUACUGGUAUCUCAAUGUUUGAUUUACGACACCGCUCUGUGUGUCACUUUGAAUGCAAUUACCUGCUAUGAAUGGAUAUGAUAUCCACACACCGUCUCUGCUAGUGCUACAUUCUGCCAACCGCUGGAAAACAAGUGAUGCUCUUGAAAGAGCAUCAUCAAUUAUAUUUUUGAGUGCUUGUGUGGAGACUGGAGAUGUGUUUCAUAUUGUGUGUGUGGUGAAUAUUUGUUUCCAUGUGGGUGGCUUGGUACCAGGCUAUUCAGAUAGUGUUCAUGUGUAUUUUGUUAUUUGUCCGUUGAGUGUCUUGGUCUUUAAGUGCAUGGGCAUUACUGAUACAGUAACAGGUGUUUAGUACAUCUGACUGCAGGCAUGAUCUGCCUUGUGCAGGUACAGUACUAUAGAAAAACCUCUGUGUGGGAGGAGUUGACCUAAUUAACUGCAACUCUGCUCAAAAUAUUAGCAUAAGGGGCAUGAGUAUAUUUCAUACACCCCACCCCCCUUCGUGUACACACACUUGCACUUACAUACAGUACACACACUCACACAUACAGUACACACACACACACACACACACACACAUGCACACACACACACACACACACACAAGAUGUCACCCCUGUUCCAAUCCCCCUCCUUGUCUUCCCCAGUCUGCUGCCAAGGCUGUCUGUCUGGCUGGCUGUCUGUCUGGCUGGCUCAGUAAUCUGGAGGGGCUGUGGAUCCCAAAACCUGCGUGGCCCACCAUUGAUUUAUGUCACUGUGUGCAUUUUCAGCCUUCCCAGAGGUCACCUCGUGUGUCUCCUCUCCGCUCUGCAUUCCUCUGCCUCUCUCCCCUGUGUUAGCAGCAGCAUGUUCACCAUCACUUUUAACACUCACCGGCCCUCAAAACCCACUCAUGCUUCUCUUCUCUCUCAAACUGCAAUAUAAUUUCAAAGCAGUAUAAUUUCACUCUGCUACUUUGCAGCAGAGCUGUCAGAGGAUGUGUAAACACUCAACGUUUUUAUGUAGUGGUGUUUGAAAUGUCCCUAGUUUAAAUUGUCUAUAAUAGUUGAACCUGUGAAUGGUGUAUUCAUUUGCUUGUCUUGUUGUGAUGUUGUCAGUAAAAUCCAUGUUUUAAAGCCAUCAGUCAGACAAGUUCGACAAAAGACAAUUUACCGAAGCUGCAUACAGUCAUUGUUGGUGAGCUAUGGAGCACCUUGUGUAUUCCAUGAAACUGAAAGGAAUGCAAAAAAGCUAUCUGAAAGAGUCCAGUACUCCUCAUCAUGACCAUCCCUAACACCCUACUCUCCCUUACCUCCCUCCACACAGAGUCACUGGAACCCACCUACCAGCAACUGCAGAAGAUGAAACUGGACAAGAGUCCGUUCGUGGUGGUGUCAGUGAUUGGUCAAGAGCUGCUGACAGCGGCCCACCAUACUGCCUCCGUGGUGGUACUGGAGUCCGCAUUAAAGAUCGGCACCUGCAGCCUCAAGCUGCGUGGUUCCGUCUUCUCAGCACUCAGCAGCGCCCACUGGUCCCUGGGCAAUACCGAGAAGAGCACCGGAUACAUGCAGCAAGACCUGGAGGUCUCCAAAACACUAGGUAAGAGACAAGAGUGUGUGUAUGUUUAUAUGUGUGUGUAUGUCUGUUCUUAUCUGUGUGUAUGUGUGUGUCUCUAACUACCGUAUAUCUGUCCCUGAGUUACUGUGUGUGUGUGAUGCAGCCCAGAUUGGCUGGACUCUCCUGGCCCUACACAGUUUGACACAUGAGUGGGCAGAGCAGAGCAGCAUGAGAAAUGGUCUGGAGUGGAGAAGAGCGCUGUGGUUAUCAGGUAGAGAGCCUGGCUCUGGCCCUGUCUGGGGGGCCUGUCUGUCAGACAGAUAUAAUAAGGCCCCCUGUCCUCUCACCCCACUGAGGCCUGGAGAUCAGGUCUAGCAGGUCUACCUGCAGUCUGUCUGUCUGUCAGUCAGUUAGCUGCUCUCUCUACUGUGGAACUUUGUCUGUACAGCAGCUUAGAAUGCCUAGCGCUCCAUUUAAGGACAUAAUGGGAUGUCAGUGUCAAGGAGCUCCAUCGCAUCACUGCAUCACUGCUCUAAGAUGGUAGAGGACCGUGACUGCCCUGUGUAGACCCACCCUACACUGAAUGACAGCACAUUUAGUUGUGACUUUCCUGUUGUACUGUAUAUAACCUGAGUGGUAAACAAACAAGGAUACAGAUGCUUGUAUUGAAAGGUAAAAUGUAUUGAUUAUGAUCUCAGAUGAAUUGUAUAGAGUACAUUGUUGUCUGUCCUGGACUGACCUUCCCUUACUUGUCCUCUCUUCUCUCCGCUCUCCUCAUCUCCAGGUGACCAAACAGGUGAAUGCCGUGCCCAUGGUAACCUGGGCUCAGCAUUCUUUUCCAAGGGGAACUACCGCGAGGCCCUGACCAACCAUCGUCACCAGCUGGUCCUGGCCAUGAAGCUCAAGGACAGGGAGGUAAGAGACUGAGACACACAGGGCCCACAGCCCACUGUUUCCUCUACCUAAUACUCCUGGGUGUUUUUGGUGAUCUUUUCCCGGUGGUAGUAUGCAAGAUACAUCUAUCAUGUCGUUUUAAGUUAUCUUCUGCUGUAGAAGGAGGGGUGAGGGCAUGUGGGGGAUGGAUGGCUGGUGUCUUUUCUCUGCUUCCGUUAGUGGUUGUAAUAGUGGUGUGUCCUGCAGCUUUCCUCUCCUCUGUCUUGGUUGUUCAGAGGGUGAAUCAAGGGUAAGGCUGAAAGGCAGGAAUGCUCUGCUGCUGGUUCUCCCGUCAGAGAGAGAGAGGGAUGGGAAGUGGGUUAGGAGAACAAAUUAAGGUGACAAGGCGAGGGAGAGAGAGGUGGAGAGACCAAUGGGAGGGCCUUAAGAAACAGCUGGUGCUCCUCGUUAUCAAUGCAAAACAUUUAUGCAGAUAUUAUGCAAAUAUUUAUCCUGUUCAUGUUUCAGUAACACUGGGGUUUUGGCAACAUAUGCUGCUUAAGGAAUAUAAUUUACACAGAUUAAGCUGUUUGGAUAUGAAGUAGAGGGAGAGACAAAAACUGAAGGACGAGAGAGAAAAAAACGACAGACGAGGGAGAGAGGGAGAGAGGGAGAGAGGAAGAGCGGGAGAGAGGGAGAGAGGGAGAGAGGGAGAGAGGAAGAGCGGGAGAGAGGGAGAGAGGGAGAGAGGGAGAGAGGGAGAGAGGGAGAGCGAAGAAUAGAGGUAAAGCAUGAGGGAAGGUAGACAGAGGAAGAGGGAGGGCCAGACAGUGAGAAAAUGGGCUAGUUUAUUUCUCUCUGUCUCUGUCUCUGUCUCUCUCUCUCACUCGCUCUCUCUCUCUCCUUCUGACCUCUGACCUUGCCUGACCUCUGUGGUGUUUGUGGGGGAAGAACGCCCCUGCUUCUCCCGUCACUCUCUGCUUCCCCCAUCCCUUACUGCUUCCCCCGUCCCUCCCUGCUUCCCCCCAUCCCUUCCUGCUUCCCCUCGUCCCUCCCUGCUUCCCCCUGUCCCUCCCUGCUUCCCCCUGUCCCUCCCUGCUUCCCCCCAUCCCUCCCUGCUUCACCCCAUCCCUCCCUGCUUCCCCUUGUCCCUCCCUGCUUCCCCCUGUCCCUCCCUGCUUCCCCCCAUCCCUCCCUGCUUCCCCCCAUCCCUCCCUGCUUCCCCUUGUCCCUCCUUGCUUCCCCCCAUCCCUCCCUGCUUCCCCUCAUCCCUCCCUGCUUCCCCUCAUCCCUCCCUGCUUCCCCUUGUCCCUCCCUGCUUCCCCCCCACCCCUCCCUGCUUCCCCUCAUCCCUCCCUGCUUCCCCUUGUCCCUCCCUGCUUCCCCCUGUCCCUCCCUGCUUCCCCAGUCUCUUAUCCUCCCCGCAAGCUCCCAGAUAUCAGGAGAUGUUUAAACACUCCAGUUUACUGCUCUUAAAGAUGGAAAAGAUGGAAAGUCUUGAAGGGAAUUAUAGUAUGUGGAUGUAUUGUGGUGUUGUGUUAGAGAAGGGGAGAGAAAUGGAAGGAAAAAGAGAUUGGGUUGGGUGGUUGAAAAGGCGAAGAGCAAAGCUACAGCUAACGGCCAGAGGCCCCCUCACAUCUCUCACACAAAUACCUCCACAUAAAUAGGCACAGAGGUGUCGGUAUGAGACCACAGCCAUCAGUAGGCCUAUACCUAUGCAUGUCAUGCACACAGGUUAAGUUACAGUAGUGUUAGGGUGAGGUGUAUUUAAAGCUGCAAUCCUCAGCGGUGAAACUGUUACGUCCAUAUUACAAUAAAAAAUAAGUUACUACAAACAACGAACACAUUUUCUUUCCCUCAGACAUCAUUGCACAUGUUAUAGAACAGAAGAGUAUGUACCCAAACACAUUUUUGACCACGAUGCUGGAUGCUGAUUUCCUUAAAACAAAAACUAUAACAAAUGCGCCUGUGGCGGCCAGUGAUGCUGUUUCGCCUAUCACGGAUCUCAGCUUUAAAGGAAAAAUCCACCCCAAAACUAUCUUUUGGUAUUUGUUUCAUUAGUCAAUUUUUUAUAUAGUCUCAAAAUGUUUUGCAUGUCAGCAAUCAAGUUUUCAAGAUAUGUAACUUUCAAAAUACAGAAAUCAUCCACAAAUGAUGCAUUUUGCAUCAUGGAAAAUGAUUCAUACGUGGAAGAUCUCUGUAUUUUGAAACACAUACCCCUCUGUGUAAGUAUUGUAUUAGUAAUUAUACUCUUUACUUUACCCCAGUGCAGGUAGUGUUCCCCAGAGUAGGUGGUGUUCUCACAUACACAUUAUACUGCUAGUCUACCCCUUUAUUACUCCAGUAUUACUACUAGCCGUUACCCAGUGCAGUACAAUGCAGUGUCAUGCAGCCUGGCCUGGCUGUGGCUGUGAUGGAGAGGCAGAGAGAGACAGAAAACAGAGAUCUUACUACAGUAUUACUAUAGUACUACUACUACUAACCUUUCCCCCAGUGCAGUGUGGCCUGACUGUGUCCUGUAAUAGAGCAGCAGAGAGAGACAGAAGACAGAGAUCUUCCUGAGAGCGUUCUCCAUAAAUCACUAGCAGAAAUUGGAUCCUGUUUUUAUCAGUAGAGGAGCAGUGCAUGACCUCUCUUUCAUCUCCUAAUGCUCUGCCCAGCCCGGACUCUGCUGCUGCCUGCCAGAGUGAUGGUCCACCGACCACCCCUCAUGUCUACAGCUAACCUAGACACUGGCCUUAAUCAUACUUAAUGCUUUUGACCACUAUGCGGCCAUUAUGAGUUAUUCACUUUCCACUUACACUACUGUAUGAUUGUGACCAAAGUCCCUGUUUUCUGCAAGCCUUACAGCUUUCCUAUAUUUUCAAAUGAUUACUGCUCUUAAAGAUGGAAAGUAUUGAAGGGAAUGAUGGUAAAUUGGCUUUGUGGAUGUACUGUGGGGUUGUGUUAGAGAGGGGGAGAGAAAUGGAAGGAAAGAGAGAGUGGGAUGGGCGGUUUAAAAGGCGAGGGGGAAAGCUGCUAGUGUUAUCUGUGAGAGGAGAGGGGGAACCUGGAAAUGGCUCCUGUAGUGCAGCGUUUUGUCAUCGCUUUGAGCUGCAGUGCAAGCCAGUGAGGUCAUACUGUACCACAGAGUUUGUGUUUUUCUUAACUCGCAGCCUUUGGAAAUAUAUUUAGCAGAUUUUCAUCUGUCAGGUAUUCUGGAGAUAUAACACUCUCUCCUUUAUCCAGACAUACAGUGGGGAAAAAAAGUAUUUAGUCAGCCACCAAUUGUGCAAGUUCUCCCACUUAAAAAGAUGACAGAGGCCUGUAAUUUUCACCAUAGGUACACGUCAACUAUGACAGACAAGAUGAGAAAAAAAAUUCCAGAAAAUCACAUUGUAGGAUUUUUAAUGAAUUUAUUUGCAAAUUAUGGUGGAAAAUAAGUAUUUGGUCAAUAACAAAAGUUUCUCAAUACUUUGUUAUAUACCCUUUGUUGGCAAUGACACAGGUCAAAUGUUUUCUGUAAGUCUUCACAAGGUUUUCACGCACUGUUGCUGGUAUUUUGGCCCAUUCCUCCAUGCAGAUCUCCUCUAGAGCAGUGAUGUUUUGAGGCUGUCGCUGGGCAACACAGACUUUUAACUCCCUCCAAAGAUUUUCUAUGGGGUUGAGAUCUGGAGACUGGCUAGGCCACUCCAGGACCUUGAAAUACUUCUUACGAAGCCACUCCUUCGUUGCCCGGGCGGUGUGUUUGGGAUCAUUGUCAUGCUGAAAGACCCAGCCACGUUUAAUCUUCAAUGCCCUUGCUGAUGGAAGGAGGUUUUCACUCAAAAUCUCACGAUACAUGGCCCCAUUCAUUCUUUCCUUUACACGGAUCAGUCGUCCUGGUCCCUUUGCAGAAAAACAGCCCCAAAGCAUGAUGUUUCCACCCCCAUGCUUCACAGUAGGCAUGGUGUUCUUUGGAUGCAACUCAGCAUUCUUUGUCCUCCAAACACGACGAGUUGAGUUUUUACCAAAAAGUUAUAUUUUGGUUUCAUCUGACCAUAUGACAUUCUCCCAAUCCUCUUCUGGAUCAUCCAAAUGCACUCUAGCAAACUUCAGACGGGCCUGGACAUGUACUGACUUAAGCAGGGGGACACGUCUGACACUGCAGGAUUUGAGUCCCUGACGGCGUAGUGUGUUACUGAUGGUAGGCUUUGUUACUUUGGUCCCAGCUCUCUGCAGGUCAUUCACUAGGUCCCCCUGUGUGGUUCUGGGAUUUUUGCUCACCGUUCUUGUGAUCAUUUUGACCCCACGGGGUGAGAUCUUGCGUGGAGCCCCAGAUCGAGGGAGAUUAUCAGUGGUCUUGUAUGUCUUCCAUUUCCUAAUAAUUGCUCCCACAGUUGAUUUCUUCAAACCAAGCUGCUUACCUAUUGCAGAUUCAGUCUUCCCAGCCUGGUGCAGGUCUACAAUUUUGUUUCUGGUGUCCGUUGACAGCUCUUUGGUCUUGACCAUAGUGGAGUUUGGAGUCUGACUGUUUGAGGUUGUGGACAGGUGUCUUUUAUACUGAUAACAAGUUCAAACAGGUGCCAUUAAUACAGGUAACGAGUGGAGGACAGAGGAGCCUCUUAAAGAAGAAGUUACAGGUCUGUGAGAGCGAGAAAUCUUGCUUGUUUGUAGGUGACCAAAUACUUAUUUUCCACCAUAAUUUGCAAAUAAAUUCAUAAAAAAUCCUACAAUGUGAUUUUCUGGAAUUUUUUUUCUCAAUUUGUCUGUCAUAGUUGACGUGUACCUAUGAUGAAAAUUACAGGCCUCUCUCAUCUUUUUAAGUGGGAGAACUUGCACAAUUGCUGGCUGACUAAAUACUUUUUUUCCCCACUGUAUGUGUCCCUGCCAAGUCCUUCCAUACAGUAGGUUAAUGUGGCCCCACCUGGUCUACUCUGUCUCUUCAUAGCAACUGUCUAACUGAACAGCUUCAUGUUAUUCUCCUGACACACUCUGAUGGUAAAACUCCUCUCCUCUCCUCUCCUCUCCUCUCCUCUCCUCUCCUCUCCUCUCCUCUCCUCUCCUCUCCUCUCCUCUCCUCUCCUCUCCUCUCCUCUCCUCUCCUCUCCUCUCCUCUCCUCUCCUCUCCUCUCCUCUCCUCUCCUCUCAUGUGACAUCCUAGGCUUAAAUAGUAAGGUUGGCUUGAGCGAGGUAACCCGUAAUUUGGGGUGUGAGUAUUUAGGAGAAACUGAGGCGGGUUGACGAUGGUACACUCUGUAAUUACAUUACCCUGUGAUGGUUAAAAUAUAUUAUGCUGCAGCUCUGCUGCUGGCUCCCCCAACCCAACGCCAGCUUGCAAUGGAAAUCAGAAACACAGCUAAAGAGGUUAAGUAGGGGAGAGCAAUGUAUUUUUUCCAUUGGGGUCUGGAGUUCUAAUUGCCCCCUAUAGAACAACUCUCCUCCUCUCUCUGUCUUUGUUUGGCUACUCUCUGCCCUUUCCUUUUCUUCAACUGCUAAAAGGAAUUCCUACAAACUAACUUAACCCAUUACUCUCAAGGUGACAGGGAUCCUCCAGGCCCUCCCCCUGUCCAGCUGGCUUAAUGGGGAAGUUAGGAUAGGGUUAUGGGAGGGGAAAGGGGAGAGGAGCUGAGAGAUGGGUCUGUAAAUGGGAGGUGUGUGUGGAGGGGUGCCGUGCCGUGGCGCGGGGGGCCUGGUGGGUGUUCUUGGUGUCAGGGUUAGUCAGUGUUUGUCAGCGCUACAGCUGAGGAGGGGGACAAUUAAGGAAUCAUUAGGGGCCUGGUGCCUCAGCUGCCUUUAUGGGGCCUGCUCUAAUAGGGGGAGGCAAGGGAGAGGGCCUGGCACCAUGUCCCUUACUUCUCCCCGUCUUGCCUCGCUCCCCCUUCCCUUCUCUGCUGAUUGAAAAGGAGGAUUUGGGGAUGAUUAGGGGGUUCAUUUAUAGAGUUGGCCCAGCUUGGGGAGAAGGGGGAGGGGAUUGGGCAAAAGGGUGACAAAUCAAGUUAGUGCAAGUACCCGUCUUUCCCCCUGUAUCCACAGACGACAUAGAGCAGCUCAGACCCACUGUCCCUAUGUAUGGGUCUAGCAAGACUACACCACCACAGACAUUAGCCUAGCUCCACAUAAAUAAGUGUCUGUUUCCUCCAGUCUCAUUGUGCUAGGGCUGGUGAUUGUACUGUAGUUGAAGCCACUCUAGCCUGCAUGUGGUCCAUCUAUCCUGGUGUGCUGUAAUGACACACAGCCAGCCUGUCUCUCCUCUCCUCGGCCCAGUGAGUCAGAUCUGCUCUACACCGGCGCACUUAGCCGUGAAUCAUGGGAGAUGUAUGGCUGAGAACAGCCAAUGGGCCUUGACCAGUAAGGAGAAGGAAACAGGGAUGUGUGUGUGUGUGUGUGUGUGUGUGUGUGUGUGUGUGUGUGUGUGUGUGUGUGUGUGUGUGUGUGUGUGUGUGUGUGUGUGUGUGUGUGUGAUCAUUAGCUAAACAAAAGGAAGAGCAUAAAGAAAGGCUAUAAGCCUCAGCAUCAGACAGUAGAGUAUCUCACAAUAGCAAUCACUAAAUGGAGUAUAGGAAGGUGGUUUGUAUGGAUUGUGGAGGUGAAUGUAUGUUAGAUUGUCAUGUGAUUUCUCCUAUUGUCCUCAGUGCAGGCAGGUUGGUAUGAACCAUCUAGCUUCAGGCUGCUACUGGGGGAUUUAUUGCUCUUCAGUUUAUUGUUGCAGCACACAGCCUUAUCUAAUCAGAAGUGAGUGUGUGUGUGUGUGUGUGUGUGUGUGUGUGUGUGUGUGUGUGUGUGUGUGUGUGUGUGUGUGUGUGUAUGUGGUCAUGGCCUGUGGCUGUGUUGAGUGUGUGAGUGAGCAGGUUACAGUGUGAUGGUGUAUUUACUGAUUUUGCCCCACCCCACAAGAUACUAUUGACCCAGAACGUAGACUUGGAGCAGGCUACCUGGAAAGUACUGUGUGAGUGUGAGCGUGUGUGUGCUGUAAAGUGGAGAGUUGUAAAUGUGUAUUUGCUGCAUUGUAGGUGACGCAGCAGUGUGUCUCCCCCAGUGGAGCACUUGGAGUGCUGUCAGAGAGAUGAAUGAGUGCUUUUAUAUCGACUACUGCUCUCUGCUUUCUGCCUCGUCGCAGCCUACUUCCUCCCUCCAUCCCUCCCUCUCCUCUGCCCCUGUCCUCUCUUCCCCCUCCAAUACCCCUUCCACAUCCCCUCUCAUUCCCUCUUUUUCUUCACUAUUUCACCGUCCCUUUGUCUUUCCCACACUCCCUCCCUCAUGCUACCUCACAUUUCCUUCAGUCUAUCCCCCCUCUCCCUCUAUUUCCUUUUCUCUCCUUUCUCCCUGUCUCCAUCCACCCAUCUCUCUCCCCCUUUCAUUUCUCUCUCCAGGAUACAGAGCCUCAGACCCUCUUUUUGCGUUAUGGUGCCCCCUAG